AUGCCACGAUUAGAAGAUGCCGAGAUCAAAAAAUAUUGGCAAAUUUUUCAAGGAUUAAAACCAGUUGACAAUAAACUCUCCGGUGAUAGCGUUGCUCCUGUUUUGAAAAACUCUCGAUUACCACAACAACAAUUAUCAGCAAUUUGGGAUCUUAGUGAUAUCGACAAUGAUGGAAGUUUGGACUUUGAGGAGUUUUGUAUAACCAUGCGAUUGAUUUUUGAUUUGGUAAAUGGAUCAAUACCCGAAGUUCCUGAUCAAUUGCCUUCGUGGUUGAUUCCAUCGUCUAAAGCAGCUUUGAUUCAAGCUAAUCAAGCAGUAAGUCAGGGGAGAAAUGUUGGAUUGGAUUACGAAGAUGAUGAAGAUGGCCUAAGUGAUGAUUUUGAUUGGUAUAUAUCCCCCAGUGACAAAUCAACUUAUGAAACGAUAUACCAAUCGAAAAAUGAUCAGUUUGGCAGAAUAAGAUUUGAUUCAUUGAAUUCGUUGUACUCGACGUUGACCAAUGUCCCAUCAAGUGAUAUAUCCUCAGCAUGGAACUUGGUGAAUCCCAAAUCAUUUGAAACUAUAGAUAAGGAUCAGACAUUGGUGUUUUUGCACAUAUUGAACCAGAGGGAAAAUGGUAAACGAGUGCCUCGUGGUGUGCCAGCUAGUUUGAGAGCUACGUUUUCAAAAGAAGUACCUAGCUAUGAUUUGAGUGCACAAGCAAAACCACUCGAAACAACAAAGACACAGGCUUCUAAACGUUCGUUUGCUGAAAGCUAUUUAAGCAAGAUUGGUCACGGAAGUAAUGGUAAUGCGGAAAAGGGAACAGACUUUUCGGCCACUGAGGGAACAGAUUGGGAAGAGGUGAGAUUAAAGAGAGAAUUGGCAAAUUUGGAAAAGUUGCUCUCCGAAGUGCAGAAUAGAUCAAAAGCUGAUGAAAAGGAGUCUGAAGAACAACGAAUGAUAAAGUAUGAGUUUGAGCAAUUGUUGAAAUACAAACAGGAUCAGUACAAUAGACAACAAUCGGGCAGUGGACAAGACGAUUUACUGAAGGUCGAAAAUGAUAUUAAAGAUCUCGAAACACAAGCCGAGUCAUUACAAGAAUAUUUGGAUUCACGAAGCCAAGAAUUGGCUAGAUUGAAUCAAGAGAUAGCAUCACUACAACAUUAG